AUGGAAAACAGCAUGAAGGAUUUUUUAAACGCAAAGGGAAAUAUUACUCAAAAUGGGGUUCCCAGCAUGGAGCUAAGUAGAUCCCCCAAUAAUGCUGCGCCAAGCAUCACGCAGGAACAAUUUAACAUAAUCAUGUGCAGCAUCAAAAGGAAAGACAAAAACGACCAAGCGCAAACUUCACCACAGAUGGAGACCCAACACAACGUAGAAAAUUUUUACCCACUCGACAACGAAUAUGGCAUGUGCAACAACCACAAGGAAAUGAAUUACUUAGAAAAUCAAAUUGUAACAUGUACGGAUACCCCGGAAAAGACAUAUGUCCCCAUAUAUUUGCAGACAGACCUAAAGGGAACCCAACUGCAUGCAGCGCAAAAUAAUGUGAUGCAUCACUUGCAGGAAUUACUUCCACCCACUCCCCUGCACAUGGAUAUAAAAAUGAAACAGUUAAGUAAAAAAAGUGACCACUGCUACUGCAGUGUCGGAGAUGAUGUGGGGGUACAUUCUAUAUCCGAUCAGGGCCACCAUUUAAUCAUGCACGGAAGGAACAAAGCUCAGUUCAUCUCCCUUCUCGAAGACGUGCAAGAAAUUAAGAACCCUCAAAUGGAUGAUGUACAAAGUUGUGUCGGCCACAGUAGCACAAAUUAUAGUGCAGCUCAACUUGAAGAUUUGCACAAAACCCUUACACGUAGCCAUUGUAGUAACCAAAUGGACAGAGGUCCAAAGGAGGAAGUGCGUUGUGGAGGGGUAAAUGGAGACCUAAUUCCAUCGCUCCGCUCCUUUAUAGCGGACGGAGCGCCUAAGAUUGACCACGUGAUAAGUCACAGGAAGGGGGAAAUUAGCAUGGGCAGCAGCGUAGAACACACCUGUUGCACCGAUGCACACGCAGAGGAAUCAAAGACAAACAGCAUUGGACGUAACCCACCCAGCCGACUAUUGAACCACCCAAGAAACAAGGCAAACGAUUAUGACACCUCACACAGAGAACUAAAUUUGCUACAUGAAAUAAAACAAGAGGUGCUAAACGAGGGGACGAUGCCCGCUGAUGAACUUUCAAGCAACAUACACUUGGCCCCUCCACAAGGCCACUACAAAAAUAAGGACCUGCUCCUAGAUAUGCAAAAUGUUUGUAAUUUAAAUGACAGAACCGCCAUGUAUAGAUGCGACUCUCGAGUGAGUAACCAGCCGAGCAACGAAGAAAGACACAUGGACCAUAAUUAUAAGAAUGUGUUUACUGGACAGGAGGAAAACAUCUUUGGCAGAUAUUCUAACUGCAAUCUGGUUAGAAACGAAAAUGUGCUCAUCUACGGUGAUGGAGUUGAGGGGGGCGGCGAAAUGGGCCCAACACACCAGAGGAAUCUCCCAAACGAAGUAAUGAAAGCGAACCACCUAUCACUCCGAGAAAAUAAUUUGCCACCCCUACAAAAUAAACUACGAACCAGCAAGGAGAGCUACGACCCAGGGGGAGAAGACAUGCCCAGCCAAAAAAUUACAAAUUGUGCCAUCAACCAAAGUUUCAACAAAAUGCUUCAUUUCAACAACCCAGGAAAACAAAUUAAUGUACAGAAUUCUAUAAACCUAUUAGACGACUACAUAAGAAAAACGAAAAUAAACAAGAUGCUGCUGUCUAGUAUGGAAAGCUUCUCACCAGCAACAAUUCAAGACGAACUUAACCAGGGGUAUGUGAACCCUAAUUGGAACGAACAACCAUUUUCACACGACAUGAAUGAAGUGAAUAAAUCGAAUCACAUCAACAGAGUAGACAUGGAGGAGGUGCCAAGACAUGUCCACACUAAUGAAUGCCCAUUGGUGGACAAGGGGACAAAUGUACCUCAUGACAUUUUGGUCAGUUUUGCCAAUGACAUGUACAGAGAUUUACACAACCGUAUAAACGACUCGGAAGGAGAAAAAUGCAUAGGAAGAUUAAAUGUGAAUACUGUAGGGAUGGGAAACUGUGCAGGUCAUAUCGUUCACGGAGGCCAGACUUAUGGUAACAAAUUUGAAUUUUACGGAAACCCUAAUGGGGCCACGAAGGGGAACAGUUUAACAGAGGGUAGUUGUGCAGUAACUGCAGACACAAACUUUAAGCCCUACUGCAAAGAGGAAGACCACCUACUGACCAACAUAGAUCUGAGAAAUGAAAAACAAAAUAACUCAAUCGUAAGCACAGUGGAUGAUAAGUCCAAAUGGCUAGUCAGCCUGUACAGAAGAAUGAACAAUAUUAACCUAGGAAACUCCCUCAUGCUUAAAGAACACGUAAUGAGUACAAGUAGGCUCAUCAAUCCACACGACAACACGGACCUGAUUAGUGGUGGUAUAUCUUGUAUCCAUUCGGAGGAAGGUGGGGGGAUGCUUCUAGACGAGUGUAACAGAAUUGGAACCUUCUCCCCUGAGGGGUACUUCAUUGACACUACGCAGAAGAGGAGAGGUAUCUCCAACAUCGUAAGGGAGGGAAACAACUAUGUCCCCUCUAACCCAGCCAAUUUUCUUCUCAAUUAUGCAAACAAAGGUAAAGAGGGAAUAGCACCCCUAUCAUCCCUCAUGCUACACCAAAAUAAACAGCACAGUAUAUGCCAUAGUGUGCAGCUAAACCGGGCUGAAGAACAUCACACGAGAUGUACUUCCAACGCUCCUCCUCACCACCACAAUCACAGAGGUGGAAACGAGGACCUAGACAUUUUGACGAACAAUCCUUUCAGCUACGAAAUUGGAAGAAUGGAGAAAAAGGCUCUUCCGCUUAAUGCACCGAUGUGCAAUACGGAUGACUCCAAUGAGGUGAAGCUUCUGAACCCAAUUAAGAAAAUCAUUCAUCCGCUCAGACAGUUCCAAUUUGACCACCAUGGAGGGGCAUGCAAUGCGACCAUUUGGGGGGACCUCGUGGGUCUUGCAAGAGGUGAAGUGGAUGUAGCAUUGGACUUGCCAAUUGGUAACAUUACAGGAGGAGGCGCCGACACAAGUAACGGUAGAAACGACAACCAUGACCAUGACUGCUAUGUUGAAGGGUACACCAGUGGCUACCCCCAACGCUACCCCGACAUACGGAGCACAACCAUGGGAGACAUCCCCCCAGGAAGCAAGCUGGGUAUAAUAAUACAAAACAUACGAUACUACAGCAACAAGGUAUUCAAUGAUGUAUUCAUGAAUAACGACUCUUUAAAAAAAAAAAAACUUACCGAACUGAAUCUGUAUUUAGCCAAAUUAAGAUUAAAAAACUAUCAGGACUUUUUUUUUAAUUUAAAUAAAUUUUACGAAAUGUUUCUCCUUCUAUUGAAUUCAAAUUAUGUGCAUAAAUUUAACUCCUCCAUUUUAUAUAGCAUUUGUGUAGUUGCAAAAAACCUCCUGGUCUUACGCCACCUCGGUGUGUACAUUCUGCACGUAAUCAAGACGUGUCUGUACUGUGUUGUGAAAUUAAUUUUGAUCAAGCCCAUUUCAAUUUCAGACAAGGCGUGGUUCUUCCUCCUUAAUUUGUACAAAUCCCUCUUCGAAAAAUUAUACCAGUACUUCAAGAGCGAUCUACUCAUUGGUGAAUGCGAAAAGGAUCAGCGCGAUUUGAACUCCUACGAUGAAAACGCCUUGGCAAUCCUCCUGCCCUUUAUACAUGCCUUCAACGAAACGAUUUUGGAAUAUGCCAAAAUUAGAAUCAUUUCGAGGAACAAAAAGAAGGAGGAACUCAUUGCCUUCCCCCUAUACGAAUCCCUCAAGCCGUUUUUCUUUGUCAACACGAAUUACCCAGAUGAGGCGGACGGACUAGGGGACAGAACGGCGGCCGACAUAACAGAGGUGGAGGAUGUGCCUCUGGAGGAAGCUCAGGAAGGGCCAGGCUACACCGCACGCAGCAGACAAGUUGGAGAUGGAAAGGCCCAGGCUACAAAUGCGGCGUGUACAGAAUGUCAGGAAAAUACCGCAGAUACGGGAAAUACGGGAAAUCUGGAAGAGGCCAAACGAACUACUAACCAAGCGCCUAGCGAAACGACGGACGAAACGACGGAAGAAGCGAGUGACGACGCGAAUGAGCGGACCGCCUCGCUGAAGAAGACAUCGUUCCGUGCCGCACCCUUUGUCAAAAGGAAAAACAGCGAAGACAUCCCCGUUCAGAAGCACACCUACGGAUACGCCAAAAAUGCAACCCAGCUGGGCCCCAUAAACCGAAUGAGGGAUGUGGACUCCCUCUCCUCUGAGCAGCAAAGCGGGAAAGUAGACUCCCAGGUCAAAUUUUACUCCAAAAAAAAAGCAGAAGAAGAGGAGUUAGCCGUAUCCAUACGAAAUAAUAUCCUCUGUUGUGUACAUGCACUAAUCAAAAUGUUUUCGCACAUCUACAUAAACAACUGGGACAAAAUCCUGUACUACUACAAUGAAAACAGGAAAAAAUGGAUCCCGAUCUUUCUGACCCUCACGAUGAAUGACCAGAAUCAGAAGAUUCGAACGAAUUCCAUUUUGUGUCUCAAGUACCUCUUUGACUGCAAACAACUCAAGUACUGGUUUUUGCUCAAGGAGGGGAACUACGGCAACGUCCCGCUUGGCAGCCAUGUUAGCGGCCACAUGAGCGGACACGUCACCUUCCCCCAGAGCUAUUCCACCGGCAGAACCAGCUCACACGAAGCCACCUCCCACACGGAAUGCCCAUAUCAGCAAACGAAUAACCUCACGAAGGAAAUUUCAAACGAAAAUCCAACCAAAAAAAUUAUACAACUGAACAGGCAGAAUCAAAACGUGCAAGUAAAGGGAGACGACAAGUACCUCCCGCCCAGGAAUAACACCGUUGCAAAAAACUCCUACAGUAGAGGUUAUACCAGUCUGUCUUCCCCAGACAAACAGACCAAACAGAAUAUCUACAUGGGGAAGGAGCACCAUCCAAUUCAUUUCUUUAGCGAUAUGAAUAACAGCCUUAAGAGAGAAGCAGAAAUUGGAACAAAUGGACGAUCACCUCUGGGAAGCUUCCAACGGGAUAAUCAAAUGCAAACAUAUGGACAAGUGAAAAAUGAUAACCCUGUUGGUAGAAACUCCAACUGUGGAAUUCUCACCCCCAAGCAAGAUCACCGUUAUGAAAGCUACGCGAAGGAAGAGUCCAACGAUAAGGGGAACUACUCUAGUGCAAAAAAAGCCGCCACUGAACAGAACAUUGUUAAGCUACUCACAAAAUUUACAAAACUUAUAACCAGAACAUACGUGGUAGAUAGGGAAAAUAAUUUUUACACCCCCACGGACAGACUAAACAUUUGCAGAUUCUUCUUAAGAGUUUCCCAAUCGAUAUUAAUACCAAAGUAUAAAAAUUUGCUAAGAAAAAUUUUAAAGUUUUUUUUUUUCUACUUAUUAAAGUACCUCAUAUAUUUUAACCAUGGUGAUGCUUUUCAUUUCUGCAUUAAGAAACUACUCCAGAAGGAUGGUACCUCUAAAAGGAAUCGACAACCAGAAAAGAAAAUCCCUUAUGGUUACUCCCUCCUUCCAUACAUCUCACAGUUUGCAGAGAGGGAAAGGGAUGAAAGUCAUUUUAGCAGUGCAAAUGUGGUGUUCAGACACACAAACAGUAAUGUGUACCUGAGCAGCCAUAGAAGCGAAAUGCUCCGCAUGAAGCAAAUGAGUGAUAACGACUUCUACCCCCAUGAUUACCUCGACGAGGAUGAGCGCGUUUUUAGCUCCCUUAGUAAUUACCUGAACAACUUUAGGGACACGGAGGAGCAUGAAGAAAGUGACGUGCAGGGGGUGGAGCAGCCACUCGAUCAGAGGAACGAGCGAUCGGGGGGAGCGUUUCCAAAAGGAGUUGAAGGAGACGACCCAAACAGCACCGGAAAAGACCUCCCAAUCCAACAACAUCGCAUGAUCCACCUAAGUCUAGCCGAUCAAGAUAAGAGCGCCACAGAGGGGGAGGUGGACAAAAAAACGAAACAAAAAAAUAAAGCAGAUAUGAAAAAAGGAAAAAAGGAAAAAGAACACACAGACAGUAAUAACGAGGAAGGAGAGGUGGCCACUCCAAAUCAUAGCAACAAAUAUAUCAUGCGGAAUGACAAAAGUACGCAGAGUAUAUUUGAGGAGAUGCACCAAUUGCCCCCAUCCCGCGUGCAUUCCAAUGGCAUGGAUCAAAUGGUAGCUCAUGAAAAAUCCCUCAAUGAUAGAACAGACAUGGCUCCGAGAACAGAUGCACUGCAACUGAAAAAUCCCACAAAAAGAAAAAAGAAAAAAAAAAGAAAAGAAGAAAGGAAGGAUGAUGAGGAACAUGUAGAGGCAGACUCACAAGAAGAGGAAUCCACGAGAAGAAGCAUAUGUUCAUGCAAACAUACAAACAUAAUCGAUACGACCAAAAACAUAAAAAAGGUCAGAAAAAAAAGAAGCGACAACGAUUUAUCAUACCUGUACAAACACAUAGACCAAAUAAAUAAGAAACUUCUAUCGAGGGAAGAUUACGAUUUGCUAAUCAGCAUUCUCUACUGCAAUGAGUAUUCCAGGGGCUCCAAAUAUAUAACAAUGAUAACAGUUAUUAUUAACAUAUUUUCCGUCCUACUGUGCAAUUAUAAUGAUGAAAUCUUCCGCUUCCUCUGCACAAACAUAUACGGAGUGAAUAUCAACGGAACCCUAAAUGAUCACAACAUUUACUGCUACCACGCUUCGCAUAAUCAGCUGUACGACAUCUCCUUUGCACAGUUAAUAUACUUCAUGUUGAUAUUUUUGUAUAAGAUUUUUUAUCAGCCCUGUGCAGAUGGCAUAGACAUUUGGAUGGAGAGCGGGAACGAACUGCUGGGUGAGAAGCGAAGCGGAGAGGCCACAGUCAGGCGCAAAACCAACCCAGGCGAUAAGCCACAAGAAUGCCAACAAGGGUGCCACCAACAAUGCCAAGAAGAACGCGAAGAAGAAGAAAAAAUAAAUUUGGACAACAACACCGAGCAGGACUACCCCCUCAGAGGCCAUCCCAACAGAGUAGAUCCCUCAAACACAAACCUGAGAACCUACCGUUACGAAAAAAAAUAUAUGAACAAUUCGUAUAAGGACCUCUACGACAAUUAUAUCAUUUCCUACAUGCAACAGGAACGUAACGAUGUGAACCACCUGAAUAAUCUCCUAAACAAAGGCAAUGUAGUACCAAAUUUAAUACCAUAUGAUAUUCAAAUCUUUAAGAAUAUCUUAUUAGUCUUUCAGAAGACACUAAAGCAUUAUUUGUUCUGCUACAUGCACUGUUGGAAUGACGUUAAAACUUUGCUGGAGUAUUUUCUGCAAUCGGAAAAUGUACACAUAAAAAUUAUUUCCAUUAAGAUAGUCAUUGAUAUUUUCUGCUUCAUCAAUUCUUACUACGAGGUUAACUCCACUGAGUACGAACUUCCAAUUUAUAAAAAAAAAGAUGAAUAUAGCCAUGACAACAUAUUUAAUAGUACUGCUUCGAACGGGAGGAAGUGGGACAAUUGCGUGGGGGAACACACGUUGUGUGCCCAGUUGGGUGGACGAAAAGAAGAAUUACCCCCGUGCGAUGAAGUGUUCACGAAGAAUAACUCCGACACCGGUGUGUUUAAAACUGGUUUCACACAUGGUGUAUACAGAUCACCCUAUGGAAGCGUGCACAGCCGCAGCGAGAGUGGGGGGGGAGCAAGGCGUGUAAGUCCCCACAGGAGUUACUCCAGGGAGGGGUAUACCUCCAUGGGGAACAACUCCACGAGGGACACCUCAAACCGUUUGGCGAACCCCCCGAGGGGAACACCCCAUGGAAGCGCGUCCAAACAUGAGCAAGAUCACAUGCAAAAUAGGGCCUCCCCAGAACCAAGCACAAACGGUAUACAGGAGCAUCCCCACAGCGAGGCAAGCCAAAUGAGCAAGAAGAAUCAAUUCGUGCAACUCGUAGAAAGAGACAUGAUUGAUCUAUUCCGGAAGUACAUUCUGGUCCACAUUCAUAACAUAAAUAAAAUACACAACGAUAUCACAAACAGAAGAAGCAAACUGAAACAUAUUUUUCUAAACACCAUCAUAUGCAUCUCCCAUUUAAGCUAUACAGGAUUUAAAAUCCUAACAGUGGAAGACAUCCAGCGAUUGACAAAACUUGUGUCCUCCUGUGUUCAUAGCAUUAAGUGUAACAUCAUUACCGCCCUUAGCAAAUAUAUUAUCAAGUACAUUUUUACCUUUAAUAAAAAAUUUAUUCAAAAUUAUGAGAAGAGGAUAAAUUUACUGCAUAUAAAUUCAACCAAUGUCUACUAUAAUAAUAUCCUCACCGCGACAGCGGGCGUGUCUAGGGGGGGGUUCCCAGGGGGGGCAGCCGCCACAGAUCAGGGCGGCAUCAGUUACGCGUCAAAAAAUGACAUGCAACAAAAUGACAUGCAAAAAAACAUCAAAAGCAACGCCUACAGCGAAACGAACAUUCCGAGUGCACCCCUCCCGAGCAACUUAGACACAUUUGAGCAAAAAUGCAAAAAGAAAAUAUGUACCAGUAUAACCAAACAAGGGGUUACCUGCCCACAGAUAAACGGCACCUCUACAAACAUGUUCAUACAUGCAACCCCCACGAACAUGAGUUCCGAACAAGUGAAUGGAAGGUGCAAGGGAUGUCCUGUUCUCGUCGAAGAAGAGGCAAAGGGUACAAAUGAUGAAUACCCUAGUAAUGCGUCCGUGCAUGAUGAGAGUUACACCCGCCACGGAUGGCAUGAUAAAAAAGAUGUGCUUGAUAAUGAUGCAAGUGCCCCCAACCAAAGCAACAGUCGUAGAAGCAGCAACAGCAAGACGGACAGGAUGAAACGUCAAUUGAGGCAUGUGGGUUCACACUCAGCAUGCACAAUGGGAAUGGAGAAAUCGACAGACCCAAUUCAAUAUGAGCACUCAUCGGAUGUGACUCCCUACUCAAGUGACACCAACAUGUCUGCAAAAAUAGGUGUGUUAAACGAUAUUUCCGAGAAGGAACGAAAACUACAAUCGCAGAAGCAGCAGGAGAAGAAAUGGACAGAGGACCCCGUACGCUGCAUCAGUAUAGCGGACUCAACAUUUAAAUGCUCACGAGGACAACCGAUGAUGGAAGAACAAACAUGCAAAAUUAUCAACCCAGGGGGGAGCAAUGCGGACCAGAUGGCCAAUAAAAAUCCCAGCAAACAUACUUACACUAAAGGAGAAGAAGACGACAAGGAUAAGGACAGGUUCUCCUCUACGUCCCUAUCAAAAAUGGCGACGAAUACGAGAAAUGUCAAUAAAGACAAAAUGAGCAAAUUGUGUGCAUUGAUGAAGAGGAAGAAUAGAAUGCAGAAUUCAAAGUGGGAGGAAUUGAAGAAAUGUGAGAACCUCCAAAGCGAGAUGAGCAGCCAGGUGAGCGAGACUAACACACAUCGUAACAACAAACAGGUUUUACUUCCAUCCAAUGGUGAAAUAGCCAAGUUGAAAAAAAACACCGAACAUGUAACUGCGCAAAGUAGAAGAAGGGAAAAAUAUCUAAUCAGUUCCCUCAAUGCGUACGAAAACGACCAAGGGGAUGAACCCCUAUCAAAGGACUCCUCCAUGGAGAGUCAAAGGAAAGACGCAUACCUACUACAAAAGCAAAGAAGCGAAAGGAAAUUGUUCGAGCUCUACUAUAUAUAUAUCUACAUAAUCAUUCACAUCAUCAAAUUCUAUAACGAUUCCUUUGUAGACCUAAAGUAUUACACAUACAACUGUAUAUGUGAAAUCGCUAGCUCCUAUGUCCCCUUUUAUUUUACUCAAAACAAUAUUAAGACCUUUUCCUACUACAGCAACUACAACAGUGAAGAAAACAAAGAUAUUAAUAAAUUUAUCAAUUUUAUUAACGGCAUUCAGUUGUCCGCAGAUGUGGAUGAGCUCAAGUUAUUUCACGUGCGCCAGGAAAGCAGCACAUCAAGAGGGGACACUGUUACGGAUGAACUGCUCGAAUGCAACCACCGCACACAUCAGAGUGCAGAGGAGGGUUUUUUUCACAAAGGGGUAACUUGCGCCACAUGCAGCAGCAAUAACACGACGGCUAGUAGCACCUGCGCAAAGGGAAGAGGUGCGGCGUCCAAAGUUUCUCCAUGCAGAGGUGUGUCAAACGACACAGAGAGGAGUAUCCCCACCCUGGGCAACCACUCUACAGACAUCACUGCCCACAAAGCGGAAAACCUGCAUGACCAAUUCCAAAACAACAUAUACCUCAUUUCAUACAUCGAGUACAUCUACAUACUUCUUCUAAUCAUCCGGGAAAACAAAAACGUAGAGAAGGACCGAGCCAUCUGUUGCAUCAUUAGGUACGUAGGAUUUAUAUGCAAAAAUAUAAACUUCUUUUUAUUCAAUUCGAUCAGUUUGCUACCCUCAACAUUUCUCCUGAAGUACUUCAUGUACCUGAAUAAUGUGGUCCAGAAGAAGGGGCUGCUCGGGGGAGGACUCUGCAGAGUUGGCAGUAAACGCAGCAAAGUGUCCUCACACGACUCUGACAAGGACGGUGCCAGGGCUAACGAGGAAGAUGUGUCCAAGGGGGAAAAUGUCUCCCUGUGGAGGGAAGAACUGCACACAAAGAUGAAAACGAACCUGAACAACAGGAACAGAAGCGCUAGCAGCAACAGCAGCAGCGAUGAUCGGCCCUCUCCCUGUGCACACCAAGGUGAGACACCGCACGGGCAACCGUCCAGCGAGGUAACCACCUGCGAUGAACAGAAGAGCAAAUUGAAAAUGACAUCAACACACAAGUGCAAACUGUAUCACUUGUUCCUAAACGUCUACGUAAAAUAUGAGUAUAAUUUUGAAGACCGUUUUUUUUCGUCCAGAGGUGGUGCAGAAAAGUUGGAGGUAUCAGACGAGGAGAAGGGAAUACCUAUUAGGACGGCUAGUUGGAACGAAGAUCCUCCCCAACGCAGUGAGCCGAACGAAGGGGGUAGAAGGAAGAAGAAAAAGAAGGAAAACACUUGCCAGGGGGAGAAGCCAGGUCGGGGGCAGAACACUUCCGUGCAUGACGCGGGACAUGCCCCCCAGGAACCACUAACCCCGGAGCAUCUCUUCCAAGGGUACUCCGAAAAGAGAGAGGAAAAAGUGCACACAAACCCCAUCGUCAUACAAAUAAAAGACAUCUUCCACUGUAACAGAGGAAAAAGUAACCCAAUAAACAAAGCAAGCAACAACGUGGACGCAAAAAUUAUUCUGUACCUCCUAUCCAUCGUAAAGGAUCACAUAAAAAAUAAAAUCACAUGGAAUGUCCUCUACGCCUUCAAACUCAUAUACAACAAUUUCUCCUUCUUUUUGACCCACAACUUUGCUGAGCUCCACAGCCAAAUCCUAGACCACCUAAUAAGUACACUAAGAUACACAAAUGUAUAUAAAAUAAAAAUCCUCUCAUCCUUGGCGCUUAUCCAUAUCCCCCUAUACUACAACAUUAAUAAAAUUAAGUUGAAAGAAUUAUGGGAUACACUAGUCACUAACAUCUCCUACUUAGAUUUAAUUUUCGUAAGUGAUAAGUCCAACACUAAUCAGCUAGUGUGCUACUAUGACAAGGGAUUAAAUUACCUCACCAUAAGUAAAAAAACGGAAUAUAAAUAUAAAUGCACCCUUAGAGUGAACAUAUGUGAACUCUUGUACAUGUGUAUAUACAGAUCAUACGUUCAUGCAAACAUAAACGCCGACAUUGAAUUUCAUAAUAGGAGAGUCAAUUGUUAUGAAGCCUUCAAAAAUUAUACGCACAUUUUUAACAUUAAUAAUGACGUUCACAUUUAUAACUUAACUCAUAUCUUUAACAACCAUGUAACUUACUACUCUUUCUAUAAUAAUGUUGUUGUGACCCCCAAAAAAUUAUCAAACAGUACCUUCUCCGGAGGGGGUGGGGUUCCCACAAACGGGAGAACCUCAUGUGAUAGGGGACAUUCGAUGGAAGUGCGAACAACGUCGGUUGUAAAGCUCAGACAAGACAGGUCACACGUGGUAGGUAAGACAAACCAAGUUGGAGGAACUCUGAAAAAGGAAGAAGUAGAAGAAUGCACACACCAUGAUAUAUUCGAACUGCAACUAUUCCUCAACAACCACUUUGAUAAGUAUCAUUUUGUUUACACCAAUUUAUUGGGGACCGGGAAAAAUCCCAUUUUUCAAAUCCUCUUCCAGAAGCUGCACUACGAAAUUAAGUUGUCCUUAAAGCGCUUUCUAGAGAAGAGGAAGCUCAACAGUUUGGAACACCCCAGGGGGGUCAGCAGCUAA